CAAAGUGGAUUUCCCUGUGAUUUGUUGUGCAGUAAUUUUUGUUAUCAUUUCUACGAAUUGCAUUGUUUGGAAACAAUUUCUAAUCUUUUUACGAAUAAGACGUGGUGUUUGUUUCAUACUUCGAUCCUAGAACCAGUUGUUGUGUGUCCGGAACUGAUGUAAAGUGCACAGUGGCGAUUGUUGAACAUUGUUCGCGAUAAAACGAGGAGCAUAAUGGCAGAUCGCCACCACAUUCGGGUGGCCGCCGAGUCGCUGCUCAGUAGUGUCACGAAUCCACAUCAGCUGUCCUACUCGCAGUCGCAGUCGCACUCUGUGAACCUGGUCUCCGAAGACCUGGUGGCUGGCCACCGGCCCCACGGUAAGAUGUCCACCGUCCGAAGGUUCUUCUGCCUCUUCGUGACCUUCGACCUGCUGUUCACCAGUUUGAUGUGGCUGAUUUGUGUUAUGAUGCGCGGCGAGACAUUACAACAGAUAUUCGACAGAGAAAUAAUACAUUACAACAUGAAAACGUCCCUUUUUGACAUAGUACUGGUAGCCAUCAGUCGGUUCACACUACUACUUCUGUUCUACGCUCUUCUGUACAUCAACAACUGGAGUGUUAUAGCAAUCUCUACAGGAGGGACUUGUCUCUUCUUGAUAGCGAAAGUUUAUGUUUUCGAUUGGCCGGACUCAUCCCAGCCGGUGUACCAAGUAUUCCUAAUACUCACUUCUUUCACCCUUUCGUGGGGUGAGACGUGGUUUUUGGACUUCAGAGUGCUACCGCAAGAGUUGCAGGCCAAACAGAUUUUGGACUCUAUUGCCCACCAAGGGCCCUCAGAACGCACCCCCCUCUUACCCCCUCGGCCCGCCGGCUCCGCGUACGGGGAGUCCACCGUGAACUGGUUCUCGCCCGUCGACACGCCCGAGGGGAGUCCGCGCCCGCGCCGCGCCGGCGAGCCGGUCAUACUCACGCAGGAACAGAUAGACGAGUACAAAACGCAAGCUGAAGAGAGCAUGCAGAACGCCUGGCGAGUGAUCCAGCUGCCCAACUGGACGCUGGAAAAGCGAGGAGCCAACGGGGACCUGGUGGAGUCCAAGAGAACCGACCAGCUCGGGAAGGUCUAUAGGUUUACGGGUAUCGUGGAGUGCCCACCAAAGUUCCUGUUCGAAGAGUUCAGAGACAACCUCACGAAGCUUCCGGAAUGGAACCCCACCAUUUUGAAGAGCGAGCUCAUCAAGGAAAUCGCACCAGGUAUCGACCUCUCGUACCAAGUGACCGCGGGCGGCGGUCGCGGUAUUAUCGCUCCGCGCGACUUUGUCAUACUGCGACGAGCGGCCAUGCUGUCGCGCGACGGUCGCGUGGUAACGGAGGAGCCCCACAGUUACAUCAGCAGUGGGAUUAGUGUGCAAGUGCCUGGGUACCCGCCGCAUAGGGAUAUGGUCAGAGGCCACAACAAGGUGGGCUGCUGGUACAUGAAGCCGGUGAACGGGAGGUCGUCCGGCGGCCGUAUAGAACAGUUCACAAGCUUCCAAUGGCUCAUGUGCUGCGAUCUUAAAGGAAAAAUACCUCAAUUCGUCCUUGACGCAGCGUUCGCUUCAGUUAUGCUAGACUACAUAGUCCACGUCAGAAAAUUCGCAGCUGAAUCCAAAGCAGCCGGAAAAUUCUAGUCCAAAGACGUUUCAGUUGUGUGACAGACGCUACGUUUCAGCGACGUUUCACACGUGAGAAACUGAAAUAGUGAUGUGGAAUGAACGUUUCACACGUGAGAAACUGAAAUAGUGAUGUGGAAUGAAUGUUUCACACGUGAGAAAGUGUGGUGGAAUGUGAUACUUCAUUAGUGUAAUUUUGUGACAGUUUCGUGUGUGUGAAAUGUGAAUAAUAGUUUCAGUUGUGAUUUAAGUU